UGAUUCAGACUUCUUCCCCACGUAACACCCCAUUACCACGUAACACCCCGCCACUCCCCCCCCCCCCCAAAUUGUUGGUGAAGCGAGGAAGCGUACCUCGCGAAGCAGUACACUAAGCUAUCCGCGUACGUUCGUACGUAUCGACGGAACAAAAUUUAUCGAACGACAUUCAAUAAACACAUCAUUCGAUACCACCCAGCGGAAUAUAUACCUAUCAUUAAUUCGCCUCUAAUUCUAUCCGCUUCCUUCCUCAUGAACUUUCUGUUCGCUCGCGCCCCGUCAAUACGAUUCGCCCCCACUGCAACUGCGCACAGAUCUAUCUCCCAUUCUGUAUCGGUUUCAAAGGCACUACCAUUUUAUCUCAACACUCUGCGCUCAGCGGAACAAAAUGACGGCAAGGUCUUGCGUAUGCUCAUGUUCGGAAAACCCGGCGCUGGCAAGGGAACACUCUCAGCCCGCCUCGUGAAGAAGUAUGACAUACUGUCCCUAUCCACUGGUGACCUUUUGCGGCAGCACAUCGCGGAGAGAACUGAAGUUGGCAGACAGGCAGAAGAAAUUGUUGCACAGGGAAGCUUACUUCCUGAUGAUGUCAUGCUAAAAGUGGUCGCGAGCAAACUCGAGUCGCUCAACAACAGGCAUUGGAUUUUGGACGGCUUUCCACGAACACUAGGUCAAGGCAAAUUGCUUGAUGCCCAUCUUCAGAACCAGAAUGCCCCAUUAAGUCUCGUAGUCAACUUGGAUGUCGCAGACAAUGUCAUCCUGAGUCGGAUAUCUGACCGCUGGGUUCAUCUGCCAUCUGGCCGUGUGUACAACAUGUCAUACAACCGACCCAAAGUGGAUGGAUUCGAUGAUGAAACAGGCGAACCAUUGACGAGGCGACCUGAUGAUAACCCUGAGAUAUUUUCUCGCCGUCUCAAGCAAUUUUACGAUUCCACGUCGCCCUUGCUCGCAUAUUACGCAUCGCCGGUCAACAAAUUGGCACGACUUAUUACUCUGCAAGGCGAAACGUCGGACGAGAUUUGGCCUCAGUUAGACGCCGUCGUGCGAAGGUCGUUCCCCGGCGUUCGGGAACGCAUUUCAAGCAUUUCCCAGCGGCGGUAUAGUCUCAGUGACCCAUUUGCAAUGGAACAAGAAAAGCGGGCCAUCAUGCGAGGUGCGGCUAGUGAUGGGCCUAAUCCAUCCAAAUUUUUAAAUUAGCCGUGUUUCGUAGUUGACGUUGAGUAUUUUGCUGUUCG